AUGGUGUACUGUGGAAAGGCUUCGCAGGGCUGCCAGAGCUGUCGGAAGCGACGUAUCAAGUGUGACAAGGUCAAACCCGAAUGUUCACAAUGCGUGCGCAUCGGCAAAAAAUGCUCCGGCUACCGGGACCAGCUCUCGCUCAUGUUCCGUGACGAGAGCGCAAAGGUGAUGCAGAAGGCACAUGCUCAAUGGGGGGUGGGCGAGGAGGGCGUCGAGGCGGGCACGGCGACUGCUUAUGACGACGACGCUGCGUCCUCCUCCAAAUCCCCGACACCUUCGUUCGGGGGCGACAUUGUCCAGCUCUCGCCCGUGCAGACCCUACCAUCACCGCCAGCCUCGCAAGCAGGGUCCAUGCCGUCUGGGGUACGGGACCUCGCCAAGGUGCAGGCGCCCAUCCUACCGACGUCGGAGGAGCAAGGCUUUCAGUUCUACGUCAACAGAUACCUGGUGGGACACCCCGACGAACCGAGGAAUCUGGACGAACUGCGAAGUGAUACUUGGUUGUGGGACCCGGCGCUGAAAGACGUCUCGGCUGCACUGGGACUCGCGAGUCUGUCGAAUCUCAGGGGCGACCAUGAGAUGAUGGUCAGCGCGAGGAAACAAUAUGGCAAGGCGUUACGAAUGGCUGGAUCCAUGCUCAUGUCAAAAGACCCGUCCUCCGUGGACGUGACCGCUCGCCUGGUCGUGUUGCUGGCGAUGUAUGAGCUCGUCAAAGGCACAGAGCUGACUACAGGAACCGUGUACGCGCAUGUGGCUGGCGGCGCUGCUCUCAUCAGACAGUGGUACCCCAUGCGCAAGACACCUUGUGGCGGUGUGCGCCCAUUGCUACAGCUCUGCUUUUCCACAUUCCUGACCGCCUAUGAGAUUGGCAUUGCCCUUCCGGCCGAAUUCAACGACUGGGUGGCCUUUUGCCAGCAAGGCAUGCCGGCCGACGAUCAACGCGCCCCGGAACUCGGGUUGAUGAUAGCACGCUUCAUCAAGCUCGCCUCGUAUACCCGCUUCAACGUGCUCCAAGACGGCAUCGCUUCGACGGCGGCGACCAUGCAGGAGGCCAUUGAUAUCGAGAAGGGGUUCGAGAAGUGGGAGGACGAGCUCGACGGGCACUGGCUGUUCACAGCCGAGAAGACCCUCCACCUACCGCCCGCGGCUGUCUUCCAGGGCGAGUACCACGACUACUACGACAUGUGGGUGGCACGGAUCUGGAACUACUACAGGUGGGCGCGGAUCCUGGCCAACCAGCAGAUCCUGGACCUGGCCGACAAGUACCCAGCGUCAUGCGGCCCUCUGCUGGCGAGGCACUACCCGAACGGGCGGAACGACUGCAUCGACACGGCGGGCGACAUGGCGCGGGACAUUCUGGCCAGCACACCGAGUCACUGGCGACAUCCCCUCCUGGGCGACAAGACGCCGUUGCCCGUGCAGCAGCAGGGAGGCGCCGGUGCUGGGGCCGCCGGUAUACCCGUGCUGCUAUUCCAGCUCCGGGCGGCGGCCUGCGCACCAGGUGUCCCGAUCGAAUACUGGAGCUGGGCGUAUGGUGUGAUGGAGUGCGUCUGGGGCGACAUGGGCAUGCAGCACGCAAAGAGCAUGAUGGACGCGCUGCUUGCGCAUCGCGAGUCGUUGAGGAGGGACGAGUUGCGAGACCAAGAGGCCCAGCCCAAGGAGAGGUUCUUCCUCGGGCUCAUCCACGAGGGGUGA